UUCGCUUCGUGGCAACCGACGACGACGGAGUGCAUUUCGGUUUGACUGUUUCAAAUAUUUUAUUUAUUUUCUCCGCACGCGUUUUUUUUACUCUCUUCGGUUUUUGCGCUGCAGCGUUGAGUGCAGACGAGAGCCAUUUUCAGCUGGUUUUUAUUGUGCGUUUUGGUUUUUCUCUCUCGUUCAACCGCAAUUCCAGUGAGAGCAUUUGGACGCGAUUUAAGCAUCAACGUUAACAGGCAGAUGGAUAUAUAACGCCAACGUAUUGAAAGCAGUGACAACCAAACAAACACAAAAAAGAUUUUUUUUUUCGAAAAAAAAAGAAGAAAAUUACAAAACAAGUUGCGGAAAUAUUGUGCCAAAUGUAAAAUAAAAAGUACACAGCAAAAUAUAUAAAAACUUUAGAGUCGAAUGUUUCGUGUGUACGAGUAUGUUGCUUUCGAGUGUGCUGUUACUUCCGACGAAAAACUUUUCCAUCAUUUGAAUAGUUUUCGUGCGAGUGGUUUUUUGGUUUAUUUUCAUAUGGUGAAUCUUUUGAAUAAGUUUUCGGAUGGACAAUUAUCUUAAUUCGAGCGCUGUAUUUCAAGUGUAAUUUAAAGAAGUGCAGCGAAAGUUUUUCUAUUCUCUUGUUGUGAUAGAGCGAACAGAUUUUGUGUGUCAAGGAGAUAGUGUUUGAAAUAUUGGAUUGUGUUUUUAUUGUUCUUUUGUUGUACACUUUCUAAGUGGAUAUCAUUUGCACGCUGCGUAUUCAUUUGGAUUACAUUUUUCUCCAUAGCUGGUGAGAUAGUGAUUUUUUCAAAUAAACUUGAACUUUUGAUGCUGUUGGCGUUGCUCGAUGUUUUCAAGGGUGCAUUAGAGACGACACACAGACCCAUUACCUUCACACUAAAAAUAGUUGUUUGAAAACUGCCCUUAAGUGAAGCCAUACCAAAACUGAAGGAAUGCCAUUAUCUUCUGUCCAAACGAAAGAAACGAAAUGAAACCCGCACAAGCAAAAAAUCGAUAUGCACAUUUGAAUGCGUGAAUGUUGAGCACAUUUCACACCUAAAAACUCAUUUCUACGGUUUAUGAGCCAUCUCAGAAUAGCAUUUUGUUUGGCAAUUAAAUGUUUAAUGGUGAUCCACGUGGAAUGAAGAAAUUCGCUGAUGUGACUAUGUACUUUGGAGCCGAAAAUGAAUCAAAUUUACAAGUGACUUUUACGAGUUUUUGGAAAAUUGGAAAUUUAAUUGAUUUUUACUCUUGCAAAACAUGCAAUGAACAGCCAAUAAAAUGUGUCGCACACAGAUUUGCUUUUUAAUGGAACUUUUUUUGUCAUUCGCUUCUCAAAUUUUUGCGCGAUGUUCUUUGUAAUUACGUUCCAUAUGCAGUGCGAUACUCAACUCUUUAUUGAGUAAUAAAUCAAGGGAAAUUUCAUUGCCUAUACCUUUGGGCCUUUGACUGCAAUGGCAUUUCGGGUUUCACGUCAUUUAAUACUUGUUCAAAGCAAAAGCGCGGAAAAAAAACAAACGCGACUGUUAAUGUCUACUAAUAUAGACUUUGAACAUGAAAUAUGAAAUUGAGAUGACUGAAAAAUAUGCACAUUCUCUGUCUUUUUCGGCUCUUUGUAAUUAAUAGUUUAUUAACACCCAUUUCAAAUCCCAUUGAUGACUAGACGACAGAUAAAACAUCAAAAACCAAAUUCAUUUCGCUUUUGCUGCGGUUUUUCCAUCUGUCGCCGUUCAUUCCAUGCGAUAAUAAUUUAUCGGCUAGAUUUUUUUCAUUUAUUUUGCAAUUACGGCACAACAUUUGCAUUGGCUUGAUGAGCGUCGACGCGUGUGUAUAAUCAACACCACGGUGAUUUAUACUCAAUUUGGGUUAUUUUUGUUUUGAAAACCUUCUCAGCGGCUGUUGACGCUUCAAGCCAAAAUAAUUGAUUUGUUUGGUCGUUGAGAUAUUUCGCAUUCGUCAUUUAUUGGCAAAGUGUCCCUUGUUGAUGUUGCGCGGCUGUCAGUGGGAUAAAAGCACCACAUAAUAAUUAAUCCAAAAAUUAUUGACCACAAAUUACACAGUCUAUUGCCCGUUCACUCUAAUUUCGUUCACCGCGAUUUUAGCAGCAGCAGCAUUUUCAAUUAGCUGGAAUGUCAAUCUUGUUUCGAUGGUGUAGUGCGCAAUAUUUGAUAUUUUUAGCGAUGUUGAGAUUAAGAACGUCGAUCGAUGAAAUGAACACUUAUUAUCGUUUCCUUCAUUUUCCACCGAAUCUAUGUGCACUGGGCCUAAAAAUAGAGUGGUAAAAGAAUUUUACAAAAUGUGAACAUUGCGCCAUAGCAUAUUAUGAUGAUUCAUGACUUGUUUGUAUCGAAUUUCUGAAAUAUAAAACCCAAUGAUGUAGUAGCUCUCUAUCAGCCAAUUAUUAUUGCACCAACUACAAAUUCAGUAUGUGGUAUUUUUCUCUCUCUUUAAUUUCAUAAAUAACUUAUUUUUCGUCUGGUGUGCGCCAUAAUAAAUAAAUUAACAACUGAAACCAUAAAAUCAUUAAGAGGCGAACAGUGACGAAAAAACGAAUGGCAUGGAAAAGCAGCGCCACAAGUUCACACGUUUAAAAAGAGCCACAAUUUAUAAAUUCCGAAUUGAGUGUUGUUUGUGGUUUUCCGGACGAAGCACGAACAAUUUGUAACAGAAUCCAAUUUCGUUGUAUCAAAACGAAACGAACAAAUUCAUUUUGGAACGAACCAACGCAAAAGCUUCAAACAGUUUCUGUCGAGUGCAGCUCUUGUUGAAUUUAAUGCAAUAGCGAUAACUAGUCAAACAAAAUUCUCACCCAAUUAAAGCGCAUUCGAUGUAUGUGUGUGUGUGUGUCGUUUUCAAUUCCGACCAAGCAGCGGCUGUGAGCCAUAAAUUAUUCCGUUCAAAAUAAUUGAGAAAAAAAAAACAAAUAUUAAUUCACUUUUGGUGUUCAAUUUUUGAACAAUGAAACUAAUAGUAAUAAAUUCACAAAACCUGGUUGUCCCAGCAUAAAAACGGCAAAGAUCUAAGAAUGUCAUAGUCAAAAUAAAGUGUUUGCAUAAAACGAAGUGACUUUCUUCUGCUAAUGGACUGAACAAAAGUCGAAAUCAUACUUAGCAACAGCCAAAAUUAAGAAAAAGAAGCGAAAAACAGCAGCAAAACCAACCGCAACUCAGAUCGAACAAUUUUUUUUUUAAUGUGUGUGCACGACGAAAACAAACGAAACGCAAAAUUCAACACGGCUACAUGAUGGCAAAGCAAAUAUAUAUCCUCGGCUAUGUAAUCGCAAUUAUAUUAAUACUUUCUAAUGUUAAAAUUGUUUAUUCAAACAAGAAUAACCAGUAUGCGACAACAACGACUACGACGGCGAUACUAGCCACGGCACUGGAAGAUACUGACGAUCCAGUGGCGGUUUCUUCUACACAACAAUUUCACACGAGUACGCUGGCCAAUACAUAUCCAAUGUCCAAGAUGGUAACGGUGCAAAGCGUUGUUGAAACAAAAUCAAUAAGUGCAUUGCAUGAUGGAGCUGAAUUUAUGCAACACACAUUGCACAACACAAGUUCGACGAUAGACGAAGAAUCGACGAGCAAACCAAACGACCAGAAAGAAGUGCAAAAACAAGUGGAGGAGCGACCGCAGAGCCAAAGCAGUAGCGUGCAACAAAGACAGAGCGAAUAUCUGGUGCAACAAAAUGCCGAGAAUCCAAAGCAGCUGUUAUCAACGAUGCACUCAAUGUUGUCAAUGCACGACCUGCAACCAAAUCCAAACGAGAAAAGACAUAAUCAUGCACAAGUUAUUCAACAGCAUAACGAUGUGCACUCAACAACACCACUUACUUACCAUGAUAAAUUUAUGAAUGAAAAUAAAAAGACAUGGAAUGCGAUCGAAAGUAAUGCUGGUGCGACGACGACGGUAUUAUCGCCGGCAACGGUAACUGCAGCAACGAUAACCAGCGAUGAAAUGAGAAAUGCUCAGUCGAAUAAACACAAUCAACCAGUGGAGCGGAUCAGCGGCGGGGAAACCACGACGGUGGCUGCUACGGCCGCUGUUACCACUGCUAUUUAUACUGAUAAUAAUGAUGAUUCACGCAAAAGUGAUGAAAUUACUUCUGUGCCCAUGAAAAUUGUACGUGCUAAUGUCAAUGCUACAUCCGAUGCUGUUUUCCGUGUCAAAGACGAAAGUGAUGGUGUAACAGAAGUGAAUAAAACAUUAGCCUCUGAUUACGCGGGCAAAUUGACGACGGAUGAUAUUAAGAAUCGAAGCGAUGAUGAUGCCGACAAUGUUGAUUCAUUCUCGCUCGAGGAUUCGCAUCACUUGAAAUUCAAUGAACGAAGCCGAUAUUUGGAAACUGAUUUGGAUGACUUCAAUUUAGAUGAACCGGGCUUCGAGCAAAUCGAUGUGAAUGUCAAUGAUCAACUGGAAUGGCCAAGUGAUGCGAACAAAUUCGAAGAGCUAACGCUCGACGAUGAGGACGACGACGACGACGAUGACUUCGAUGGCAAUAAUAACCACAAAUCACCGACGAAAAUACAGUCUCGUAGUUGGACAAAAGAAUCACCGGCCAUCGAAUCAAUCACCUCGUCUCCCGUUGCCACACAUAAUAUUUUGAAAAUUUCCAAAUCAAAUAAAUCAAAGUCAAUGAAGCGUCUAGUCGCCACCGCCACCGCACCACCACCACUACAACCGCAACCAUUGCUGGAAAUUCGAUUGAAUAAAUCGCCAUCGGUGUCACCCAGAAACGAAAAGCAAUUUAUCAAUUCGAAAAGUUUCCGUUAUAUUAGCAAUUUAUACGAUCAGUACGAAUGGGAUGCGGACGAAUUGCGAAAGGUGUUGAGCCCAAGGUGCAGCAGCGAUAUGUAUGUGUAUUUGGAUGCGUUGGCUAAGGGCAAAAUAUGGGCGACAAGAGCAAGUGAUGCGUCUGGUCGGUAUCGUGGUCAAUUUCUGUUCGACAAUAAUCAUUGGCUGGGCUCGAUACUGGAAUGUGAAUUCGAACAAAUUGACGAAAUGGAAUUGAGCUUCUUCGUUGUAACAACGCUAAUUCAUAGCCCUGAACCAAUGAUUGAGAAGCAUAUUUUGCGGGUGGGUCAAUGUUUACCACGGAUUUGUACGAACGACGAUGUUAAACUGAUUCUCGAUAUGGAUACAUCGGCACGGAAAUUCACUGAAAAUUCCAUGAACGCAACGAACAAACGGGAUUGGGCCGAAGUCAAUGUGGUGUCCGUGCGACGUGUACCCGGCGAUUACAACACAUGGCAGGAUCGACAAUUCUAUUUGGUGGCUGGAAUUUGCAUAAUAUUCGUCGGGCUAACGAUUUGGGCAACAAUUUACGAAAAUUCAUUGGCAAAGACACACGAAAUAAACGACGAAAAUGUUUCACCAUCACGACAAGCCAUUCAUCCAAUUCACAAAACGGCAAUGACGACGACCAACACAACGGCAACAACAAAACCACCAAAAUCGAAUGGUCAACGCAUUUAUUCAUACGAAAAUGCGACGAUCGACUUGGAAAGCACCAAACCAGCAUUAAAAAUGGACAAAAUUCACGCAAAAAACAUUAUGAAUGGAUGCACAUUUGAAUUGCAUCCCAUUUCGAUUGAACAUAACAAUGGAAACCAUCUGGCAAACAAUAAUCGGGCGGCCUUCUAUCGAUUGAACAAUAACAAUGCCAAUAACAUCAACAAUAACCAUCAUGCUGGUAAUAACGAUGAUGCGAACGAUAACAACCAUUUGAAGCGAGUACAGCACAGCCGAAAUGGAUCAUCGACAUAUGCUACAAAAGCGAUGGCUACAAACGAAUCCAACCAUUUGAGUAUACCACAACGAUUGCUGUUGAGCUUCGGAUUGUCAACAAAUGCGAAGACAAUUCUGUCAACGAAAGAGCUCCCGCAGGAGUCGAUCGGUUGUGUCCAUGGAUUGCGGGUAUUUUCGAUGAUGUGGACCAUAUUGGUGCACACUUAUUUGCAGCUUUUCGCUGUUACAGAAAAUCGGUAUAGCAAACAGUUGUCCGAGAAAACGUUUUGGUACCAGAUUUUAGGGAAUGCAUCAUACACCGUUGAUACGUUCUUCUUCAUCAGUGGUUUUCUGGUGACACUCCUGUUCUUGCGUACCAAAAGCUCAACGAAAAGUUCGAAUGCGGGCGGCUUCAUUUCGGGAACGAAGCAAAGUUUUUUGUUAGUCAUUUAUCGAUAUAUUCGGUUAACGCCGGUUUAUUUUAUGGUGAUUAUCAUCAAUGCGGUUACACUAAAGUAUGUGUAUAAUAAAUCAGUGUUCACACCCGGAUUGCCCGAUCAUAUCACGUGUCCGAAUUAUUGGUGGCGAAACAUUUUGUACAUUCAAAUCUGGUUCCCGUUCUCGCAACUGUGCAUGCUAUGGUCAUGGUAUUUAGCCGAUGAUAUGCAAUUCUACAUUUGGGCCAUCAUCAUACUCAUUCUAUCGAAGCGCCAUGGACGAACAGCUGUUGCCAUAAUCGUAACAUUUCUGCUCACCUCAUGGGUUGUGUCGGCGCUGGUCUCAUUAAAUUUCAAUUACGAGCAUAGAACGUCGGAACCUUUGGAAAGCUUUGGGUACUUGUACGAGAAGCCAUGGACGCGAUUGGGACCAUAUGUGAUGGGUAUGAUGGCUGGAUAUGUACUUAAUCGCUACAAAUCUGCACCGCCGGCCAUAACUCCAUUCAUCAAUGUUGUGCUGUGGAUGAUGUCAUUGGGCGUGAUGUUAUUGCUUGUGUUUGGCGUUUGGAACGGUACACUAAAUCUUCUAUGGACCGCUCUUUAUGUUAGCUUAGGCCAUUCAGCUUGGGGAUUAGCGCUUGUUUGGAUCGUAUUAUCGUGUAAAUGGGGACUAGCCAAGCCAAUUGAUAGAUUAUUAUCAUUUCGAGGAAUGUUGCCAUUAAGUCGGCUCACCUAUUGUGCUUACCUGAUUCAUCCGAUCACUCAAAUUGUGAUGUCAUUAGACCUGAAAGGAACAAUUCAUAUCCAGCACAGUCUUGUGUUCACCGUAUUCCUGGGCAACGUGGUCAUGGCUUAUACCGUCGCAUUAAUCUUGUCAUUAGUGUUUGAAGCGCCAAUCGUACGGCUUCUGAAAAUACUCUUCUCGAAGUGAACCGUUUUAGCUCUACUCUAUAUAAUAGAUUUUGUAGUUUAUAAUUUUUAAGUUCAAUCACAUUUUGUUUUUGUUCGACUAGAAAUUGCAAAUCCGUGUCAUAGUUAUUAAGGAGAAAAGAAGAAGGAAGAAUGCGUCUAUAAAAGAAAGACAAAAAAAAUGACAUCUGUAUAGGUUUUAAUGGCAUUUCAUUUUGUAAUAUGACGCAAAUGUACAUAAGUCACCCGGCAACAUUGUUGUUUGAUGAAGAAAUAAAAAAAGGUCCUUUUCUGAUUAAAAUCAUAA